AUUAUUUUUAAAAUACAUACAGUAGUAUUGUAUGUAUUGUAUAUUCAUUAAUAGUUAAAUAAUGAAUUAUAAAGAUGACUUUGACGUUUUUGUGGGUGGCAAAUCUGGAGUAUUUAAAGGAAUUAAAAUUGGACAGAAGGAAUGUGUGCAGAAAAAUUUAAAAAGUUUUGUAUCAAUUGGUUAUAAUGAUGAGAUUACAACAGCGAAUUGGGGUGAUGAUGAAGAACGAGAUAUACUUAUAGCUUAUGGUACAAAAGAAACAAGAAGUGUUAGUAUUUAUGAUACCGAAAACAUGUCAUUUAAAAGCACAUUCGUUUGCGAUGUUGGCAAAGGAAGUAUAAAUAGCAUAUCGAACUACAAUGGAUCAAUUUUGACUGCAGUUCAUUCUGGCGAGAUAAAAAUAUGGAAUUUUAAUGAUCAAGAUAAAGUAAUAUUAAAUGCCGGUGAUAAUUUACAUAGAAUGCGUCAUUCUAAUAUAAAUAAGAAAAUAAUAGCAACCGGUGGCAAAGAAAAUGGAUUAAAAUUAUUUGAUUUGGAGAAGCAAAAGCAAUUUUUUUAUGAGAAGAAUAUGCCUCAUGACUUCUUAAACCUGAGAGUACCUAUUUGGAUUUCAGACAUUGCUUUUCUUCACGACUCGCAUAGAGUAGUCACUGUUAGCAGAUUUGGACAUGUACGUUUGUAUGAUCCUGACGCGCAAAGGAGACCAGUUUUAAAUUUAGAAAUAAAAGAUGAACCCUUGACUGCUGUUACUGUACCUUAUAAAGAAAUGCAAGUCAUGGUAGGCUCAGGUAAAGGAAUGAUGAAACUUAUUGAUUUACGUAAACCUGGGAAGAUACUCCAUACUUAUAAGGGCCUGGUUGGUAGCAUAACUGGAUUAGCUUCUAGUAAAGCUGGACCGUACGUAGUCAGCACUUCUAUGGAUAGAUAUUUGAGAGUGCAUCAUAUCGACACAAGACAAAUGCUUAAAAAGGUUUAUCUGACUUCAAAAUUAACAUGUUUAGUAUUGAGAUCAGCAUUUUCUCCAGAAACACAGAUUGACAAUUCUAAUAAAGUUCAAAAUAAUAAUGGCAUUAAUAAUAAUGAUAACGAAGUUAUCGAUUUAGAUAAUAAAUCAGAAGAUUUAAAUGGCGAUGAAGAAUACGAUGCAUUGUUUAAUAAAAUGGAAGUUAUUACAUCUAAACAGAAUAAAACAACAAACUUGUGUUACAAAGGAAAGAAACGUACUAAAAGUGCUUCUUCCAUAAAUCAUCCAGUAAGUAAUUUUCUAUUAUUAUAUAUAGAAGGUAUUCAUGGUGUUGCUCACCCUCUAUAUGUAGUUUUAAUAUGCUUAUUAUUUAUACAAAUGUUUUUGAAAAUUCUUACAUAUUUAAUUUGUUAAUAUUUACUUUUAUAGAAGGAGUCGAAAAGCUUUAGGAUAGUGGAACCUCCAAAUACUAUUGUAAAAAGUAAAAAACUAAAGAAAAAAAUAAGUUAAUA